UGCCUUUCUGUCCUCUUCCCCCUUUUUUUGUUGUUGUUACUAAUCAAAGCGUUUAUGACCUCCGAUGAGCAACGACGGCCCCCCCACGGAGCAUCGGCAGCCAGUUGCUGGAGGAAUAAUGAUUGUAUGAUAAAAUGGCUGACAGGGUCGGGUUGUGGGGCCAGCAGCCUAAGCAGCGAAGGCCAGACUUCCCUCUCCCAGGCUACUUCGUCCAGCUCCUCCCGGUGGAUCCUGCAGCGUUCCCAGGCCAGAUGAGAGACUUUGUCUCUUCAAUGUGUCCUGGGACUUCCCCGAGGCCUUCUACUGGUUGGACGUGCCUUGAACACCUCCCCAGCCACCUUAUUUGGCUGCUCCUAAUGUGAAGGAGCAGCGGUUCUACUCCGAGUUUCUCCUGGAUGAGCUCGCAUUCCAUCCUUCCCUCACUCGUGAUUAGGACCUCCAGCGCCCAUUUCCACCCUCGCGGUGUGGUCGGGAGAUGUGAACGAGCAGCCGUGCCAGACGGAGGCGUGGUUAAACUCCAGCACAUCCAAUCACGACAUUCCGUCUCCGGCGCCCAGCAAAACAGUUCAAUUUCAAAUUUUCAACGGGCGGAGACGACGGCUCGAGCAGGUCCCAGGACAUUUUCACUUUGUACAAAAGCCCAGCAGGUCAUGUCCCGCCUGCCAGUUAUGUCGAACAAGCGGGUCCUCGCUAGCAACACGGAGAAGGAUCUGGAUUCCCAGCCCAUUCAGAAGAAGUUCCGUAAGGACCCAGACCCCAUGAAACCACAAGCUGCUGCCACAAUCAUCAGCACCAGGCGGCCACCUGCUGCAGCGACCAGGGCACCAGUUUCAAAGCCGAUGCGAGUUGUCCGGGCCGCGACUGUUGCUAUGGGUCCUUCCAGAGGCGUCCUCAAAGAGUCUGCGUCUUCAAAUGUAGCAAAGGGAGGGAACAUGAAACCAGUUGCCGCAUCGACUGCCACAAAAGCAGGUAAUGGUGGCUCUCGCAGGCAGCCUUGGGACCUGAAGGGUAAGGUCAGCGACAUGGAGGUGAAGAUCCAAAACUACCAGAGCAAGGUGAAAUCUGUCAACCAGGAGAACGAGGACCUGCGGGGCUCUGUGGCUCAAUGUCGCUCCAGAGCGGCCGAAGUGGAGCGAGAGCUUUCCCGACAGAUGAGCCUGGUCAGCGAGCAGGAGGACAAGCUGCAGACCCUCCUGGGUGUCCAGGACGAGCUGGAGAAGGUGUGUGUCGAGAAGAACGCUCUGCAGAAAGAGCUUGCCAACUUGGAGAGCCAAUACAAGGUCAUGGAGACGCUGCGGGACACUCAAGAGACGGAGCUGCAGACUCUCAAGAUGAAGCUCUCCGUGCAGGAGUCCACCCUGGCGCGCCUGCAGGUGAGCCACCGGGAUGCGGAGGAGAAUGUCCGCUCUCUCAAGGACACCGUGGCCCGGCAGGAGGACGAGCUUCACGCCGGGGAGAUGGAGCGCCGACGCCUCCACAACACCAUACAGGAGCUCAAGGGAAACAUCAGGGUCUUCUGCAGAGUGCGCCCCCUGGUGGGCGGAGGCCUCAGCAAACACAUCCAGCUGCCCCCUGCUGACGACAAGGCCAUCACGCUGGCCAAAACGGAGGAGUCUCACACAGGAAGGAGUGCCGACACUCAGAAGAACUACAACUUCAGCUUUGACCGCGUCUUUGGCCCCCAGGCUUCCCAGCAGGAGAUCUUUGAGGAGAUCUCGCUGCUGGUGCAGUCGGCGCUGGAUGGCUACAACGUCUGCUGCUUUGCGUACGGCCAGACGGGAAGCGGGAAGACGUACACCAUGGAGGGGGCGGAGUUCGACGAGGCCCGCGGGGUCAUCCCCAGAGCUGUGCAGCAGAUAUUCCGAUCGGCGGGCAAACUGGAGGCGCAAGGCUGGGAGUUCACGUUCACGGCGAGCUUUGUGGAAAUCUACAACGAGAGCCUGCGAGACCUCCUCUACACGGGCAAGGCCAGCAAGAGGCCCGAGCACGAGAUCCACAAGUCUGCCAGCAACGAGGUGACCAUCACCAACCUCACCUACCAAAAGGUCACCAACGAGGACCAGGUCCUCGGCUUGAUUGCCUUGGCCAAUCAGAACCGCUCCACGGCUCAGACGGCCCAAAACGACCGCUCGUCUCGCUCCCACUCUGUCUUCCAGCUGGACAUCGAGGGAGCGAAUGCGGGCAGGGAUGUCAAAUGCAAAUCCACGCUGUGCCUGGUGGACCUGGCUGGUAGCGAGCGGAUGGUGAAGAGCCAGUCUCAGGGCGAGCGCUUCAAGGAGAUGACGGCCAUCAAUGGCUCCCUGUCCAACCUGGGCAUCGUCAUCGCCGCGCUGGCCAAGAAGGAUGGCUACAUCCCUUACAGGAACUCCAAGCUCACUUACCUCCUGCAGGGAUGCCUGGGCGGGAACAGCAAAACUCUGAUGUUUGUCAACAUUGCCCCCGAGCCAGACAGCUUCGGGGAAACGCUCAACUCUUUGAGGUUCGCCAGCAAGGUCAACGACUGUGUGAUUGGUACGGCAAGUGUCAACAGGAAGUAGGCGCAAAGUCGACGCCUCCCCUGCAUCCCUCACCCUGGACGACCAAACCACCUUUUACUUUCAAUAAUAAAAAUGCAUGGUUUUUAUCCAUUUAAUAAGUUGUUUCUUACUUUUCCUUUUAAACAUCUUCAAUAAAACAGCCAU